GUUAGGAUUGUGGAAAACAAAGGUACAGUUUGUGAAGAGAAGAGAAAAACAAAGAAUCUCUCUCUCUCUCUCUCUCUCUCUCUCUCUCUCUCUCUGCACAGUUAUCAAGAAAUAAAGCGUUUUUUAAUUUUUAUUAUUUUAAUUAAUAAAACAAAUAUAUAAACCGAAAAGAAAAGCUGUGAAAUCUUUUACCGUAUUUUUUUCCCGGGAAAAAAAUUAACAGCUCCGUCAUGGAUGGAUCAACCGGUAACCGAAAUAAUCCACCGUCAGCCAUGUCACCACCGCCUGAGCCAUCACCGGAAAGUCUCCGUCACGUGAAGCGUAUGCUUAAUUCCAACCAUUAUACAUCACCUUCUAGAACAAUCUACUCCGAUAGGUUUAUUCCGAGUAGAUCUGCGUCCAAAUUCGCUCUCUUUGAUAUCAAUACUCCGACGGAAGGAAGAGAUGAUAGUUCUAGCGCUUACACCACUCUUCUUCGUACCGCUUUGUUUGGACCCGAUGUUGCCGGUGUUGUAGCUCCUGUAACGCCGGAGAAGAUGGACUCGCCGUCGAUGACAUUACCGAGCAGGAAUAUUUUUAGGUAUAAGACGGAGACUCGUCAGUCCAUGCAUUCGCUUUCGCCGUUUAUGUCGGAUGAUGUUGUUCCCGGUGUUAAUCAUAGUCCGGUUAAGGCUCCGAGGAAGGUUCCUCGAUCGCCUUAUAAGGUUUUGGAUGCACCUGCAUUGCAAGAUGAUUUUUAUCUGAAUCUGGUGGAUUGGUCUUCACACAAUGUGUUGGCUGUUGGUUUGGGAAAUUGUGUUUAUCUCUGGAAUGCUUGUAGCAGCAAGGUAACUAAAUUAUGCGAUUUAGGGGUUGAUGACUGUGUUUGUUCUGUUGGCUGGGCUCAACGUGGUACUCAUCUUGCUGUUGGAACGAACAAUGGUAAAGUUCAGAUUUGGGAUGCAGCACGAUGCAAGAAGAUAAGAUCUAUGGAGGGUCAUCGGUUACGGGUCGGGGCCUUGGCCUGGAGUUCAUCUCUUUUAUCUUCUGGUGGUCGGGAUAAGAAUAUUUAUCAACGAGAUAUACGCACACAAGAGGAUUUUGUUAGUAAACUGUCAGGACACAAAUCAGAGGUUUGUGGACUGAAGUGGUCAUAUGAUAACCGCGAGUUAGCAUCUGGAGGAAAUGACAACAGAUUGUUUGUUUGGAAUCAACACUCGACCCAGCCUGUCCUGAAAUACUGCGAGCACACUGCAGCUGUUAAAGCUAUUGCAUGGUCACCUCAUCUUCAUGGACUUCUUGCAUCUGGAGGAGGAACUGCAGAUCGAUGUAUUCGUUUCUGGAAUACAACCACAAACUCACACUUAAGCUGUAUGGACACUGGAAGUCAGGUUUGCAAUCUUGUCUGGUCCAAAAAUGUCAAUGAACUAGUAAGCACACAUGGCUACUCCCAGAACCAGAUAAUUGUCUGGAGAUACCCCACAAUGUCAAAGUUGGCUACUCUUACAGGCCAUACAUAUAGGGUUCUUUAUCUUGCCAUCUCUCCAGAUGGACAGACUAUUGUAACUGGAGCUGGAGAUGAAACACUUAGGUUCUGGAAUGUAUUCCCUUCUCCUAAAUCACAGAAUACUGAAAGUGAAAUCGGAGCAUUAUCUCUUGGAAGAACUACAAUCAGAUGAUCGCUCCUGGCAUUUCAACCCGAUCAUGUGGCAUAUUUCUAAGCUUGGGUUGCUGUGUAGAACUAAAUUUCAGAGCAGAGAACACCAUGGUGGAAAAACUUUGAAUAUAAAAAACACCACCGCAACAGUAUGCUUUACCAACUGGAGAGCUUUGCAGGGAGCUAUAAAAGUUUUGAUAUGGCUGCCGGAAAUAGAUAUUCAUGCAUUCAUGUGUAGUCUAAUUUUAUAUUGAAAAAAGAUGAGAACAAGUGGGUAAUUUAUUGUUUUGGACUAAUACAUGCAUUAACUGACAGAGCUGUAGCCAAGUUUUUUUAUUACUCUCUUCCUUUUGGUUCUUUUUGAUGGUGCUCUCCUGCAUUAUAAUUUUAAGAUGCUUAAUCCUUAACGAGCUUGUAAUAGCCGUUGUAUAUAAUUAUUCAUUCUUAGGAGUGGUGUCAAUGCUUUCUUUA